AAUUUAUGAUCCAUUUUCUUUUCUAAAACGUGAAAUUUCAAUGUUAAAGGAUAAUGUGAUUAAAACAGAUUGUGUACCUCAUUAUUGUGUGCUAAUGAGAAAAGCAGUGGUGACACCUACGACUAUGUACUUGUUACCACCUGUAAUGGAAACAUCAAAUAGAGUCAUUAGACAUUUCAAAAAUUUCAAGAACAAUUUUUUACGUGUUCAAUUUACUGACGAAGAUUCCGAAAAAGUUUCUUAUACAUCAGGAAGUACAAAUACAGCAAUCUACAAUCGAAUAUUUAGAGUACUUUUACAUGGAAUAAGAAUUGGUGAUCGUCAUUAUGAAUUUUUAGCAUUUUCUGCUAGUCAGUUAAGGGAACAUUCAUGUUGGUUUUUUGCAUCAAUACCAAAUGUAAUAUCGGCCGAUAAAAUCCGGGAAUGGAUGGGCGAUUUUUCUAAUAUUAAAAAUGUUGCUAAAUAUGCUGCUCGAAUGGGUCAUUGUUUCUCUAGUACACGUGCUGUUUCAAAUUUACAAGUUGAUGAUAUUAGUGAAAUUCCUGAUAUUAUUAGGAAUGGUUACGUAUUUUCUGAUGGAGUAGGAAAGAUUUCACCAAAAUUAGCAAAAAUUGUUUCCCAAGUAUUGGAAUUUAAACAUGUUCCAAGUGCUUUUCAAUUUCGAUUAGGAGGUUAUAAAGGUGUUUUAUGUCAAUCACGGUAUUUACGAAAUAAUCAAAUUCAAGUUAGACCUAGUCAGUGCAAAUUUGAAUCAAAACAUAAUAUAUUAGAAAUCAUUAGAGGGUCAAGAAUGAUUACCGCAUAUCUUAAUCGACAAGCGAUUACGAUAUUGUCAACAUUAGGUGUGCCUGAUGAGGUAUUUAUUUCGAUGCAAAAUGAUCAAGUUGAGGAGUUGGAUAGGAUGCUUAAAAAUGAGGAAAUGGCUAUCCGUGUACUAAAUAGUAAUAUUGAUGAACACGAUGUUACACGUAUGAUGUCCGAUCUUGUAAAAGCCAAAUUUUUCCAAAGGAACGAUCCUUAUAUAGUAAACCUUAUUUCUUUAUUCCGAAUUACAAUGUUAAGGAACUUAAAGAAGAAAGCUAAAAUUCGUAUUGAUGAUGGAGCCUUUUUGUUAGGUGUAUUGGACGAAACGGAAACUUUGAGGGAGGAUCAAAUUUAUUGUUGCAUAUCUGAUCCACGGAAUCCGGGGGCGAGAAGAGUAAUAACCGGAAAUUGUAUUGUAUUCCGUAAUCCUUGUUUUCAUCCUGGAGACAUUCGUGUCGUCAACGCUGUUAACUGUAAAAGCCUAGACUAUCUUGUCGAUGUGGUGGUUUUUCCAGCAACUGGAUAUCGUGAUAUUCCUAGUCAACUUAGUGGUGGUGAUUUAGAUGGCGAUGAUUUCACUAUAAUUCAUGAUCCAAGUUUAAUACCUAAAAUUAAAAACGUUGAGCCAAUGGAUUAUAGAGCUCCUGAACCAAUUCUAGUUGAUAAUGUUACCAUUGAAGACAUAAAAAGAUUUUUUAUAAAUUAUAUAUUGUCAGAUAAUUUGGGCUUGAUUUCUAAUGCACACUUGGCUAAGGCUGAUUUAGCAGAAAAUGGAGCUUUUCAUGGUAAAUGUCUUCGUUUGGCUCAGCUAAGUUGUGAAGCAGUAGAUUUUCCAAAGACUGGAAUUCCUGCUGAAUUUCCUAACGAACUUAGAGCAAGAGAUGUACCUGAUUUUAUGGAAAAGUUUGAUAAAGCUACUUAUAGUUCAAAGAAAGUUCUUGGAAAAUUAUAUCGAUUGAUAAAAGUCUCGGAUUUCGAUCCUUACACAAAAAUUAUAUUUGAUGAGAGGUUAAUAGUUCCGGGAUUCGAAUUCUAUUUAGAAGGAGCAAGAAUUUAUAAAAAAGAAUAUGAUUUGGAAUUACGUAGUUUAAUGAAUCAAUACGGUUUAUUAUCUGAAUAUGAAGCCGUAAGUGGCUUCAUCAUUAGUACUACUCUUAUAGUUGGAAAGAAGAAACCACGUAAUACACAGAAUUCUGUAGCGAACAUGGUAACAGCGAUUAAAA